AAGGAACGCGAUUUAAAAUAUUAUUACAAUUGUGAAUUGGCAGUAAAAGUUAAUAAUGAUGAAAUUAAAAUUAUGCAUUUUUAUACUAUUAAUAGUAAUGUCACAGACAUAUAUUGGAAAUUCAUUGCCAAUUGAAUUUAAUUAUCAAAAUCAAUGUAGCAAAAGUGUUGUGAUGGAAAAGUGUGAGGAUAAAAGGAGUAAACGAAGUACUGAUCAAAUAUCAGAUUCAAGACGAAUUGGAGGAAUCGUGACCGGAAUAGUUGUGCCAAUUAUUGACAUAAUAAGAAAUGUUUUACAAACUAGUAGUUUGUAUGCUACAGAGGAGUAUACAGUGGAACCGAUGGUACGCAACAGAAAUCCAUUCCGCAGAACAAGGAAUUAUUGAAUCAGUGUAAUUUAAGAUGUAAAUAAGAAUAAAAAGAAAAAUGUCAUUUUAAAUUAUAAUAUCAAAUACAAAAAAAAAAUUCCAACAUUAAAUUAGAUGACUAUAAAAUCUCUAGGGAUAUAACAAAAACAGUUGCUUCUCUCAGAGAGAACCAGUAAAGAUCAGGGAGAAUUCUGUUCAUGGGUUUCUAUGAAUAGUAGCCCGUAACUUUACUCCUGUUGGGAAUAUCUCUGCAUAAUAUAAACGUUUUUUGUUCAUUCUGAUGUCCUUUAGUAGAAAACACCCCGAAAAGUCCUGAGAAAAACUUUUAGCUGUUGAUGUGUAAUAAAUUAAAAGAAAAGGGUAAAAACAAAUAAUUUUUUGUACGUGCUUAUUAUUAUCCGAAAAAAAGUUACAAAUCAAAAGGCAAAAAAAUAUUAUCUAUUUGUUUAAAUAUUAUUAUUCUAUACUAUUUAUAUUUAUUACUAUAAUCACUAAUUAAUAUAUUAAUUGGAAUUGAUAUAAAAGAAAAUCAUUUAUACUUUGAUAUAAUAUUAAUAUUAAUACGA